AUGAUUCCGGAGUUUAUCGACCCGGACGAGGCUGUCGUGAGCGGAUGGUUCACCGACUACCAGAGCACUUCUGAGGGAGGGGGAGGUGAAGGGAUGUCUUGGCUUGCUGCAGUUGCAUCUCGACCGCACAGGUCCGAGAGGCUAGGUGUUGGGGCAAGUCCCCCGGCGAAGGAGGAGCGGGCCAAAGAGUUGCAACCACUGGGCAAAGCUGCUCGCAAAGCAAUGAACAGAAGGCUCCGUCGUGAACAAGAGGAGGCGGAGUAUGCGGCUGAAGGAUCCAAGAUUCUGACGCUCGGCUCCAGCACCUUCAUCAUGCAGACAGAAGGUGUGAUCGUCGUCGGAAAUGGGCAGGUGGGCAAGACGUCCAUGAUCACCCGCUUUGCGAAGGGUAUCUUCACCAACGAGUACAAGAAGACUAUUGGUGUGGAUUUCCUGGAAAAGAGGACGUUUUUGAAGGAUGUGGGCGAGGAGGUGACGUACCUCUUGUGGGACACUGCUGGGCAGGAGGAGUAUGAUGCCAUCACCAGGGCAUACUACAAGGGCGCCGGUGCCUGCAUAUUGGCUUUUUCCACGACUGACCGAGACUCCUUUGAUGCCAUUGAGUCUUGGUACAAGAAGGUCCAUGAUGAGUGCGGCAACCUCGUGAUGGUGCUCGUGCAGAACAAGGUGGACCUCCUAGAUGAAGCAGUGGUGGAAGCCAAAGAGGUUGAGACGCUGGCGAAGAAGCUGCGCCUCAAGCUCUACAGGACGUGCGUCAAAGAUGACCUGAACGUCAGCGAAGUUUUCAACCACCUGGGUAACGAGUUUGUAAAGAACGGGGGCGAGGCCUCCGUCGGCCGAGCCGGCAUGAUGUCGAUAGAGGAGGCCAGGAAAGAAGUGCAGCUGCCAAGGCUCACAUGGCUCACCAACACCGUCCAGAUGUUCGCAUGGUCUCCCCAGCGGGACACGCAGCUCCAGCAGAUGAUGCUGCGGGCGACCAGCCCUUCAAGCUCUCGCAACGACUUCGUUUCACUUCACGAGCGACGUCUGGCUCAGUCCACCAGUGAUUUUGCAGCAAGCCAACUUGUGAGCGAAUUUGCGCACAUCUUGGACUUCCUGUAUGCGAGAUGUGCACAGGAAGUUGUGGGACAGUUUUUUCACCUCCCUUGGCUCCUUCCCCACAUGCUUGGGAAUGCCAUUCCUGCUUCAAUGACUGAAACUCACGCCAGGGAGAGGUCCCUACUUGACAGCAGAAUUGACUUCGAGCCACCGCAGGGCCGCAAGAGCCAAGUCAAGCUGCAAAUGGCAGAUCUAAUGGCACCCAUAAAAGGACGCCGCCAGUUGGAGAAGUUCGGUGGCGUGAAAGGCUUAUCCGGCAAAUCCUCACAGGAUGAGAAGGGCAAAGGGCCCCAGAAUUGCAGAACUCUGGCGAGAUGGCCCUGGCUGUCAUUUUUCAUCACUCAACAUGAAUAUGAGUUGGAAGAUCUCAUCACGAGUUCUGCGGAGGAGCUGGCAGUGGAGGGCAACACUGGCAGUCUACUUUUCUUCAAGCCCUUUCCCGAACAGUACUACCAACCAAAGCUGACACUCGCAGAGACUAGCAAGGACUCACUUCUGCAGUACGAACGACAAGCCUCAGAUGCUCGGAUCUUCGGCAGCGGCCAGGCGCGCUACCUUCAGCUGCGCCUUGGCUUCCCAGAAGAGGAGGGAGGUGUACUGGAUGGGGGGGAGGUUGCGGAGGUGUCCCGUGCGUCCAAGCCCGGGAAUCUGAAGAGAAAGCAGGAUGACCUCUUGCCCAGCCCCUCUGCCCGCAGAAGGCUUUGGCGGGCUCAGGUCCCCCACUUGUACGAUCUGGUCGUGGCCCAUAGCAGAUCUCCGGGCAUUUCGGCUUUGGCAUGGCCUUCUGGUGCUGCCCGGAUCAAGAAGAACGCCGUGCUUCAGCGGAUGGUGUUGGGCAGCCCAAAGGCUAUUAUGCUUGCUGCCGUUUGUCUACCGUGGCCAGAGCGCAUGGCCGAAGAGUCAAAGCAUCGUCAACCAUGUGAGGUGCUGAAGGAUCCGGGCGAUGAAGUUGUCCAGCCGUUUGUCCGCGUCACCCAGUACAUGGCUCACGGUGGGGUGUCGGGGCUGGCAUGCAGCCCGCAUGACUACCUCUUGACAGCAACACAGCAAGAUGGCUCAGGUGAAGUGCAGCUUUUUCGUGCAGCUGACUGGGAGGUCGCCUACCAAGACGUUUGUCGUCCCGAUGCUCGGCUUGCAGGUCAAAGUGGCGGCUGUGGUUUGGCCUGGACGGAAUGCCGUCAGCAUCUCCUGUCUGCUUGCAGUGCAGGCAUUACCUGCUGGGACAUAGAAGACGGCAAAGCAACUGCAAGCUUUGCCGAAGAUGGCCGUACGGUGACUGCCGUGACCGCAAGUUCAUCCGAGAAGGUGUUCGUUGCCGGUGCCAAUGAUGGCCAUGCAAUCUGGGGUGACUUGCGAGCAGGAGCGACGCCCACCUUGUGGGAGGCCCAUGAAGGACCCGUGCGGUGUGCCGCGUUCGCAGAAGGCAGUGCGUCGGGUACCAGCCUUCUGGCCACGGGCGGUGAAGAUGGUGCUGUACAAAUUUGGGACACGAGGAAGCUUCGAGUUUCGCUGUGCAGAUUGAGCUGGCCAGGGAGCGCCUGUGACGGCGUCGGACAUCUGGCUUGGGCUCCUUCCGCUGACAGCACGCUAGUUGCGGCUUAUGGAGAUGGGCGAGUGGUGCUCUGGGACACCCAGCAAGCUGGCCUCCAGCCGAAGGAGGUCUCCAGUGUGUGA